AUGAACGUCUGGUCAGGGUCUAUUGCCCUGGAUCCAGACCAGCUGUUGGAAGGUAUCCGCUUGGUUGAUUCGACGUCACACUGGCAAUGCGAUGUAUCCAAAGACAGCAAACUCGAGCUUCGAAGCUUUGUGAAUCCAGCUCUCAUCCCUCUCCACGCACGCGCUGGCCCCAAUCUUGAACUACACUCACUCAACCCGACGACGUCACAAUGGCUCCAGCGCAAAUUGACCGGCGCAAUCUGGGUGAACGAAGAUGAGCUGGAUCUACACCAAUCCCUACAGUGCCCGGUUGGCCUGUUGGUCAGAGUUACUGGCAGUACGAUCAAGAAGACCGGUCCCGCUACUUCUGAUUUCUUGAUCUAUGGCGUGUUAUCCAGUUCAACCUCUUGCGCACGACCACCCACUCCUCCACACUCGUCUCCGUCCGAAACCAACAACAAUACAAAUGCCUCCACAACGAAACCAUAUGAGUUGCGAGUGUAUGCAGCUCCCCUCUCUACAACCCAACUCAAACAAGCCCGAGCCUUCCCUUCUCCACCACAAAGUUCCAGCGGCGAACAUGGCUCUGCCCCAGCCGAGUUCCUCCCAGACAUCAGCUCGCCUAGCCCUAAACGGAAACGAGUAGCAACACUAUUCGAGAGCGCAGCGCUACACCACCGGCGCGUCCGCCAAAGAGGCGGCGAAGCCGUCUCACAAAUGAUGGCACCGAUCCGGCCAUCCUCAUCCUCGCAAAACAUCUCCUCGCUCCGUAUAAAGCGUGAGCCCGAUGACGACCAACUAGGACUCCCAAGUCUCGACCGCAUCGCCGCGGCUCGAAGAUCCCGCUCCGUAUCCAUCGGAGCCAAUCUACACCGACAGGGAAGCUUUCGCGGUUCUCGCGCUACCCCCAGUGCGAGUGCGAGUGUGAAUGUGAACGCCGAUCCGCAAAAACGUGCACCAACGCCAAACCCAUUCCUAGAACAAGGUUCUCGUCGUGGAUCACAACAAAUCCUGCCACCAUCUGCCUUGUCAUCCUUCGCAGAGGGAGAUAUUGAUAAGUCAGUCACCACGGCGGCGGCGGUGGCACCUUCAUCUCCGCCUAAAAAUCCCGAAUCCAUCAUUGCGGAUAACAAGAGCCUCAUCACGCGCACAAUUCUGACGUGUAUGCGGCUUUACGGUUUUCAUCGCUCCAACGCAAAGUCCGCGACUAAACCAGCUGCAGGAGGAGGAGGAGGGUCGGACCCAGAUCCAGCAGAAUCAUCGAACGCAACGCCCGCCCCAGAAAUCCCGCGUGCCGAGACACCGGCUCCCGGUGCCUCGGCGGAUGAUGAUGAGUUUAAAGCAAUGUAUCACGCGACUUAUAAAGCCGCCGCCUUUGCAUUGCGCAAAUAUCUCAAAGAUCCGGCUGUCGGGUCUGGAUCUUCCCCUUCGGUAUUGGAGAAGGGUAAAGCGAUGACUUGCAUUGAUGAGCUCCUGCGACUUUUCUGUGAAGAUCAUUGA